AUGGAAAGCAAUAACGAGAUGUCAUCAAAAAAAAGGUCCCUUACUAUCACUCCAGUUAGAAGAAAAGGUUUAACUAGUAAACACCAAGGUGAUGUCAACGGUGAUAACAAGAAGAGGAGUAUUCCUGGUUUUAAUCUAAUUGAGGAACAUGAGAAUGUGGACUGGAAGAAAAGAUGGAUUAUCCAGAAUCUUGAGUUACAAAGAGUCACUCAAUUGAAGACAUUUUUAGAAAUAGAGAAGAGUAUCAAUGACUGA